GCGUGGUGGGUGAGGGAGAACACCGGUCGGCAGCCAUGUUGUCCCGUACAGCACUUUUCGUGCCAACAUGCACUCAAGUGCGUGGUAUGGCAACACUGAAAGAAAUUCGGAACAGACUAAAGUCUGUGAAGAAUGUACAGAAGAUCACCCAGUCCAUGAAGAUGGUGUCAGCAGCCAAGUUCUCCAGGGCUGAGAGAGAGCUGAAGCCUUCCCGACCAUACGGAACUGGUGCUAAUGCAUUUUAUGACAAGGUGGAUAUAGGCCAGGACCUGGAGAAGCCCAAACACCUGCUGGUGACGAUGGGCAGUGACCGUGGUCUGUGUGGAGCCAUGAACUCCAACAUCAACAAGCUGCUGAAGAAUUAUGUCAAGGACAACCCAGACAAGGAAGUCAAGUUCAUCACACUGGGAGACAAGGCACGCCAAGCCCUGUACAAGACACAUCCAGGUUAUUUCAUGCUGACCUUUAGUGAGUUCGGCAGACAGCCCGCCUCUUUUUCUGAUGCUGCAGAUGUAGCAGAGUCCAUCAUCAACAGUGGCUAUGAGUUUGAUGUAGGACAGAUCUACUUCAAUGAGUACAAGUCUGUUGUGUCGUAUAGCCUACGUCCGGUGCCACUUCACUCCCUACAAAGUGUGUCAGAAGCAGAUUCGCUGGCCGUGUAUGACAGCCUGGAUGCAGAGGUGAUUCGCAGCUACCAGGAGUACCAGCUGGCCAGCGUGCUGUACGCCUGCAUGAAGGAGACCAACUGCUGUGAGCACAGUGCCAGAAUGACAGCCAUGGACAGCGCCACCAAGAACGCAGGGGAGAUGAUUGACAAGCUGACAUUGACCUUCAACCGUACCCGCCAGGCCGUCAUCACCGGAGAGUUGAUCGAGAUCAUUUCUGGUGCUGCUGCUCUGUAGUAGAACACUUGUGGGUCCCCUCAGCUCUCCUGAGAUGUUCCUCCUCUCCCCUCUUAGAUUUCUACUAUUCAAGUCAAAAGUCGAAGCUCCAGAUAUUACAGAAAUGCAGAAAAUAAUGCAGAAACUAAGUCUUGUAUACCACCUUUGUGCAUCAAAAGUAUCAUAUCUUGAAAGUUCAUGUUGGUAGAAGUCAUUAUGCAGCAAGUUUAAACCAAUUUCCAACAGAAGAAAUUGGACUCAACCAAAUUUUCGACUGUACAACUCCAGUCUUUGUCAAGGAAUGAGCAAUCCACCGCUUCCGUGACGUCACGCAGAUAACACACGUGACUCCGUGACUAUAGUCAUAAAACUAUAGUCAUCUGAAGUUUCACAUGACGUUUUGUUCUUAUGUUUCAUAACAAAAAGAUUGAUAUUACGAUCAUUACAACAUGCACAAAUCGUUGCGAAGUAUUUAGGCACAAUAAGAUUUCCUGUAAUAUAAGAGGGGGAACUUCUGAAAAUGGGAAGCUGAGAUUUCAGUAUUUUGUCAGUUUGCCAGUUGAACCUGGAAGAUUUUGAAUAGUAAAACUUGAAAAGAGAUAUCUGCCUGGUAUGUGUGUUCCUGGCUGGUCAUACAUUCAAUAAAAUGUUCUGUGUG